AACCCGCCCACAUGACAGUUUCCUCAGAGGUCCAACAAAAAGCAGUUGAGUUAUUUUGAAGCUUCACUAUGAUUCACUUUCUCUACUAAAACCUGCACUAACCUACCAAAAGCUGGGAUCUCAAGGGCUGGUAAGGACAGAGGUUUCUUUUUAUUUAAAAUUUCAGAGUGAUGACAUAUUCCUCUCUCAUGACUGAAUAUCAAUUCAUAGUGGCUUUGGAAUUCAAGAAACUAUAUAUGUAGGUUUGUUUUCAUUACUUGCAUCUUAAAUGUCCUAGUGGUGACAGCUUACGUCCUCUUCUAUGACAAAAACAUUUGUUCUCAGGAAACAGCAAGAAACACAUCCUAAAUGAUGGCAGACCAUGGAGACCCUUGUGAUGUGCAGGAAGCCACAUAUUGCAUGCACGGAGGGACAUGCUACAAAAUAUCUUCUAUGAAUGUGCUCUCCUGUGUGUGCACUGAUGUUUAUAGAGGCAGCAGAUGUCAGGAGCACAGGCUCCCCCUAAUUUCCACCGAUCCAGGGCAGGCAGGGUUAAUUGCAGCCGUGACCAUCGUUGCUCUCCUCAUCUUAGUGGUGCUGUCUGUUGUUAUUUACUACACAUACAAGAUGUUGAAAGCCAAGAAACAGAGCCAACAAAACCAUCAGCAACAGUACUGGAGAGUACAACCAAGAGCAAGAGUAUGAGGUCUCCUUUGGUGUACAUGGUUUGUUUUAGUUGUGCGUUGAAAGGAAUGCUGAAAUAAUAUGAUACAAGACGACAAGAUCAGUUGAGUGAGGAAAACUGCUGCACCAACCCCAACUAAAGUCAAGACAGGCGAAGAG